AUGGAGACAUCUGGACGCUAUAAGCGCGCGAUAGACAAUGAGGAGUAUCACGAGUCAAGUCGCGCGCCGCACAGAAAUGAAAGUAUUAGUCCACGGAUAUCGGGCGUGCAAAAGGCCUCAAGCUGCCAUAAAGAUACACCAGGCGCUGAAUCUGAUCGCGGUCGCGUCACAGGCGCAGUCAAAUGUCGCCGCUUGGGUUCGGACUCGAGUGAAUCUCCAACACCAUUAACUAUCAAGCUUACGGCAUUUUCUGGUCAUGUGUCACCUGCGCGACAGUUUGUGGGCGGAUCAGGCGGCAAGGCGCCGACAGAAAGCGGGCCGCACGAAUUAAAUGUUUCCGGCGCGCAAGGCCAAGUCAUACAUUCUUUUGAAGUUACAAAAAAUCAAGGCGGACCUGCAAUGUCCACAUCGACGGGUAUACUAGGAUGUUCUUUGAAGCAAAACAGCCCAUCCGUUUGUUCAAGCAGACAAGAUGGGGCCAUUAUUGCAUCGGAAGGGGGGCCAGGAGUCUUACCAGUAGGUACUAUCGAACAAAAAAAUCGCGGUUCCCUCAGAGUUAUCGAAACAACCGAUCGAAGGCUGACGGUAUCGCACUGUUUGGGGAGAAAGGGACUCGCCAACAUCGACAGUCCUGUGCUUGAAGCAUUACCCACCCCUUUCCGAGUACCUGCUGCUGCAUCAACCACUACACCCAUAUCAAAGCAAGCUAUUGCAAAAUACCCGUUUCCUAUUGUUCAAAAAAGAAGUCUUGAGCUUCAAAAUAUCGAGCAGAAUGCAGAGCCAGCUAAAGGGGCCCAAACACCACGCCAAGAUGCAAAAAGAAUGCGGAGUAGUUCAUCCGAUCCGCCAAUGCCUUCUAUCGAGGUUGAUGAUGCCUCUAGCGACGAAGAGCUGAUUGGUAUUCCAGAACCGGAUAUACCGGAUCCAGACAUUUCCUUUUCUCAAGAAAAGCUUGGAGAUUUAUCGGUCACUGAAAACAAUUUAGAAGACACAGUUGUGCUAAGACUGUGCGAUGGGCUUGCAAACAGCCUAACUCAAGCUGAGCGAAAUCGGAUGGAGCUGCUAAACUUGUACAAUAUUGUGCUGGCUCAGCUAACAAGUCCCAUCGUAUUAGGACGAGAUCAGUUUCAGGACGUGUUUGGCGACAAUAUUCGUGGCGGGAUGCUGUCUCAUUUGAGUCGUCGGCACUGUUUAAUUCACGUCGAAAAUGUGCCGAGAGGUGAUUUUUCGAAACCUGGAAUUAAAGUGCGCGUAGAAGACACAAGCACAAACGGAAUUCGAGUAAAUGGACGUCAGAUGCAAAAUGGCCAAAUAUACGAAUUGGAGUUAAACGACAUUAUCACACUGCUUCGGAUACGGCGUGAUGAGGAAAACGUGUCUCUUGAAUACAAAUUGGUCCGAUCUGAUCCACAAUUGCAGAAUAGCAAGCGCAGGCGAAACGUGAGUAGACAUGAUGGACGAUUUGUCAGACCCUGUGAUAAGUUUUCGUGCGAUUCGCUCGACUUAAGUAAUCGUCACGGUCUAUCUCCAUCUCAGAAAUCGAAUGAGGUAUCUCUCAAUUUGGCGCCAGUGCAAGCUGUUGCACAAGAGAUGCGCCAUCAAAUACCAAUAAGACCGACUACUCCAGCAGGAGCUGGCUUUACUUCUAAGAAAAAAGAAGAAAUGAGAAAGAUGGGACCAAGUUUCCAAAUUCCUAUUCUGUCGCGGAAAAUUCAAUGCACAAUCUUAUUUGCCGAUCCAUACACACAAGAUCAUUCUGAGGCGAGUCAGCCAAUCGAGGAAGCCAAUUUGGACUAUCGUGAGGAAUUAUCCGAAAUUUUGUCAGCUUUUACAUCGAUCCGAGCUUUUGAUGCUUCAUCGUACCAUUGCGCUACUUCUGAUACAAUCAGUGACGCUUUAAAUGAUGACAGUGAUGUGAUUAUCUACACUGGCGGUGGAGACACGGACCAUCUAGUAGUUGAAGGCCCAAACGGGUUUUCAACUCGUUUGGAAAAAAACGAUAUUUUACAAAGUUUUAGUGAAGCAGAUCUCAUGACGCAAAAACUUAUGAUAGUUAUUGCACCUACACUUGAACCAGCUAAAUUGCUUGCAGAGUGUGGGGCUCUCCAUGUUUGCUUCCUUAAUUCCACCAGAAAACACUCGUUGCGAGUUUCUGCUUUUAUACGGGCUCUAUUUUCUGGAUUGCUGAAAGGAUAUGCCAUAAAGAAAUGCUACACUUUGGCUGAAUUUGUAGCAUUGAACGAUUUAUUGCCUAUCGUUCGGCGGGCAGAGCAAAUCUGUCAACUGUUACCAAUCUCAAAUCAACACAACAUCGAGAUUGGGUCUCAAUUUGCAGAAGCAGUGGCGACCGACAGAGAUGUGAUUUCUUCGCUGAACGCGCCCUUUAUUCCUGUUUUGACAUCUCAUUUUCUCGGACGAGAUGUUCAAAUUAGACAGAUAAAGAAAGCACUGGCACAGAAGGUUCGUGCUUGCAACCUUUAUGGCCCUCCAGGUGUCGGAAAAUCAUCAAUUGCUAUUCAUAUCGCGAAAUUGUCGUAUCGCACGAGAGGGUAUCGAAAUGGGGUUCACUACGUGGCCGUGGACAAAUUGGUCGAAAGUCUUGAUUGCGGCAGUAAAUCAAGUAAGCAGAUCGACGAUCCUCUGCGUAAACUUAUUGAUGACGUUGGAAUUCUUUUGCGCACACUUCCAGAGACGGACCCUUCAAAUUACCCAACCACACUUCUCGUUUUAGAUGGUUGCGACAUUGUGCUUCCUGCACUGGAAGUGUUUCUGAUGAAUGUUCUUCGCUCGUUUCCCAGCGUUCAGAUUCUGCUGACAUCGACCGAAAAAGUUCAGCUCGACUCAGCUGAAAAUGAGGUGCUGUCAAUGGAAGCAAUUCAUAUCGAAGAGCUCGGGAGACUGGAUGGUGCGAAAUUGUUUUUCAAAUUAGCAAAGGAUCAUUUGACUUUGAGCCAGAUUCGACAGCAUAUCCCCGACAGCAGUAUCGAAGCGAUUUCCAAUGACAAGCGAAUAUUAGAUGCCAAAGGCAACCCUUUUCGAAUUUUCUGUCUUUACCACACAUUCUUGGAGUUAGCUACGUUUGAAAUUUUUCGGGCUCAAAGUGCCGAAGUAGUAUACCAAGGUGCACAAGAACUUUGCCGGUAG